GGCGUUAAGCAGUGGCCGGACUGCCGGAGGAGGGCAGAGGUGGUCAGGUGGAGUUCGCCAGUUCGGAGUCGCCGAUUGAGUCGGGAGCCAGAGAGGCCGAGAACGGAUGCUUCCUGUUGCUUGCUGCGCACCUCGUGGGCUGGAAGUUGGGCGUCAGCUAAUUUUCCGCUCCGCACCGACUGCAGCCCCGGGCACCGUAUCCGCUCUUUAGCAAUCAUAACAAACAUACCCGAAGGAAGCCAACAGAUUUCAGUAUUUCACGGUCACCAUCACCACUCACCAGUCCCUCCUACCCGCUUCCCAUAAAAUCUUCUGAUCUGUAACGCAUUCGUCGACGCCCACCUCCGCUUCGCUCUCUUGCUCUUUUAGUCCCAUCUCCCAUCCCACCUGGAGGCGAAUUUCGUCUGGGGAAAAAGUCGGCGGCCAUGGCCGGGCGAGACUCCCUCCCGGAGGGUUCUCUCUUCCUCGGGUUGGACAGCUCCACUCAAUCACUGAAAGCUACGGUGCUCAAUAAUGAGCUCACCAUAGUAGCUUCUGAAAUUGUUAAUUUUGACUCUGAAUUGCCACACUACAAAACUGAAGGUGGGGUGUACAGAGACCCAGCAGAUGAUAGGCACAUUUUUUCACCAACCAUUAUGUGGGUGGAAGCUUUGGAUGUGCUGCUUGAGAAGCUAAAACCAAAGAUCAACUUCGGUAAGGUAGUGGCUGUUUCUGGGAGUGGGCAGCAACAUGGCAGUGUUUAUUGGAAAAAGGGCAGCCAUGCUGUGUUAUCCUCCUUGGAUGCUAGUAAAAGCUUGUUAUCGCAACUAAAGGAUGCAUUUUCUACAAUGAACUCACCAUUAUGGAUGGAUAGUAGCACAACAAAGCAAUGCAGAGAAAUAGAGAACGCAGUUGGAGGUGCACUGGAGUUAGCAAAACUCACAGGAUCUCGUGCGUAUGAAAGAUUCACUGGCCCCCAGAUAAGGAAGAUCUAUCAGACAGAGCCUGAUGUUUAUGAAGAUACCGAGAGAAUAUCUUUGGUGAGCUCGUUCAUGGCAUCUAUCCUUGUUGGAAGCUAUGCAAGUAUUGAUGAAACUGAUGGUGCGGGGAUGAACUUGAUGGAUAUCAAGCAAAGGAUCUGGUCAAAGUCUGCUUUAGAGGCAACUGCUCCUGGACUUGAAGCAAAGCUUGGAAAUCUAGCACCAGCAUAUUCAGCUGCUGGUCGAAUUGCUCCUUAUUUUGUAGAAAGGUUUCAGUUUGAUAAGAACUGUUUGGUCAUUCAGUGGUCUGGAGAUAAUCCUAAUAGCCUUGCAGGUUUAACUCUGAAUACCCCUGGUGAUCUUGCCAUUAGCCUUGGUACUAGUGAUACAGUAUUCGGGAUAACAACAGAAGCUAAACCAAGCCUUGAAGGACAUGUUUUCCCCAAUCCUGUUGAGCCUAAUGGUUAUAUGGUCAUGCUAUGCUACAAAAAUGGCUCCUUGACCAGAGAAGAUGUACGAAAUCGCUGUGCAGACAAAUCAUGGGACGUUUUUAACAGCUAUCUGGAGAAAACGCCCCCUCUAAAUGGUGGGAAGAUAGGAUUCUACUACAAAGACCAUGAGAUCCUCCCUCCACUUCCAGUGGGUUUCCAUCGGUACACUGUCGAAAACCUCAACGACGUCUCAUCAGACGCUCUGUUGGAGCGUGAAGUGGAAGAACUUGACCCACCGUCCGAGGUUCGUGCCAUCAUUGAGGGCCAAAUGCUGUCGAUGCGAGGCCACGCCGAGAGGUUUGGCAUGCCGAACCCUCCCAAACGGAUCAUAGCAACCGGCGGGGCAUCCUCCAACGAAAGCAUCCUCAAGUCAGUCGCGCAGAUCUUCGGCUGCCCUGUCUUCACAGUCCAGAGACCUGAUUCGGCAUCGCUGGGCGCAGCGCUGAGAGCUGCCCACGGGUGGCUGUGCAACGCGCAAGGUAGCUUCGUCCCCAUCUCGUGCCUGUACCAGGGCAACCUGGAGAAGACCUCCCUUGGCUCGAAGCUGGCAGUCCCGGCCGGCGACAAGGAGCAGGACCGGGAGCUCCUCCAGAAGUACACCAUCCUGAUGAGGAAGAGAAUGGAGAUCGAGAGACGCCUGGUGGAGAAGAUUGGGCGAUCGUAGGGAUAAAAAAAUCAUGAAGCGCUGCUGAGGCUGGCAGGACCGAAUAAUUUGUGAAUAAGUAUGGAUUAUCUCGAUCGUAGGAAACAAAUUCAUGGCAAUUCGUGAAUAAAAGUGGAUUAUCGUCCAUAACGCAGAACUUUCUUAAAGGUCAGAGCUUAAGUUUU